CAAGUUAAAUAGUAGAAAUAAAUCCGAAAUAGAAAUGUUGUUGCAGCCAGCUCUUCGCCGACCAAACGGUUACCGGUAAUAUAAUAAUUUGACUUGUAAUAUUUUAAUAUCUUCGGGGUUGGAGAUAACAGUUCUCUCAAGUGUUUCGUUUAUUUAAAUCGGGUUUAGUUUGCUGUGUAACUAACCUGCAGUUUAGACCGUUAGGCCAAACCGGGUAAUUCACUUCCGCUUUUCUAGAAAUGCUGAAUGAAUUUCCUUAACCGCGUUCAAAAGGUUGCUAUCGAGAAUUGUUUUAUUUAUUUAUUUAUUUCAUGCACUUAAUUGUCUUGUUAAUAUUGUAUCUUUAAUGCAACAGCCACAAAAAUGUUCACAAUAGGGAACGAUGUUUGUAAAAAAAAAAAAAAAAAAAUACAAUUGGUUAUAAAAUUGCCAAAGAAAAACAUGCAGAAACUUAAGCUUGUUUGCAAACCAAAGGCAAUGGGCGUGUAAGAGGAAUGCCACUGAAACGUGUCAGGUCUUGAGCUGUUAUCUUUCCAAUUCGAAAAUGAAUCAUUCUUCUGGGUCGACUCUUUUUGAUGAACACAUUGAUCUGGUUCACAAAAUCAUUUUGAAAGCGCAACUGGCGAGUAAACAGCAACCCCCCUUGUUAAUAAACUGCAUAAUGUGUAUAUGUAUGGCUUUACCGAAACGUUUCAAUGUAUUUAAUAGGCGGGAUGUCAGAGACCACGUGAUUGCAUCAGAACGUAAAAGAACUGCCCGCGCUUUUAAGCAAACUGUUCGCGGAAAUGAGUUUUACUUCCCAGUCAGACUACUGUUUUCUCUACACAACAGACCAGAGAUCCAAUUACACGCCACUAAGCCACCCCCACUGACUGAACACAUGCGUGCAGCCGCAGCCUCCAUGUGCUCGCACACACAUUAACCGGCAGUGAGUCAGUCUCGUCUGACCUUACGGCUCAGUGUUUUGGCCGGCGGAUUAAACCGUCACGUGAUGCGUAGGAAGUGUUUAAUGACAGGUGUCUUUGCUCUCGAGGUCUGAAUUUUCUUCACUGAUCACUGCAAGAAGCUCUCAUCAAACUCAAUCCUCAUCUUAUUCCUGAAACUUGUCUCAAAUCACACAAUGUCUCAACAAAUCAGCCUCCCCGCCAAACUGAUUAAUGGUGGUAUUGCUGGCAUUGUUGGGGUCACUUGCGUGUUUCCCAUCGAUUUGGCCAAGACCAGACUCCAGAACCAGAGACCAGGACAGCAAGUCUACAAGAGCAUGAUUGACUGCCUCAUCAAAACAGUACGAUCUGAGGGAUACUUUGGCAUGUAUAGAGGUGCUGCGGUUAAUCUUACACUAGUCACUCCUGAGAAGGCCAUCAAACUGGCUGCCAAUGACUUCUUCCGGUGCCACCUCUCCAAAGAUGGGAGAGGCCUGACUGUAUUUAGAGAGAUGUUGGCUGGAUGUGCUGCGGGCAUGUGCCAGGUUAUCAUCACUACUCCAAUGGAGAUGCUGAAAAUUCAACUACAGGAUGCUGGGAGACUAGCCGCUCAGCAGAGAAAACCAGGCAUCAUUCCUCCCAAUAGACUGGCGACCACAAAUGCGGUGUUGAGUCGCUCCUACAAUGUGGUGCCCAGCACCUCACCCAGGGUCAUAUCUGCCACCCAGAUUGCAAGAGAGUUACUGCACUCUCAAGGCAUUCAGGGGCUCUAUAAAGGCCUUGGUGCAACUCUAUUGAGAGAUGUACCUUUCUCGAUCGUCUACUUCCCUCUCUUUGCAAAUUUGAACAAGUUGGGUAAGCCCUCCCCUGAUGCGGCUGCACCAUUUUAUUGGUCAUUCAUCUCUGGAUGUGUUGCAGGCUCCACAGCUGCUGUUGUCGUUAACCCAUGUGAUGUGGUUAAGACCAGGCUGCAGUCUCUGAGCAAAGGAGCCAACGAGGAAUCCUACAAUGGCAUAAUUGACUGUUUCAGCAAGAUCAUGAAGCGAGAAGGCCCGUCUGCUUUCCUGAAGGGAGCAGGUUGCAGGGCUCUAGUCAUCGCGCCACUGUUUGGAAUCGUCCAGGUCAUGUACUUCCUCGGUGUGGGAGAGUUUAUCAUGAGCCAGUCCUCACUAAAACUAAUCUCUGACUGAACAGACCCCAGUACCUCUCAUAUUGUGGCAGCUACACAACCAACUGUACAUUUACAAGAAAAGAUUAACAUUAAUCAAGAUGGUAGAGUUGUCGAGAGAACGUAAGUUCUUGUGAGAUUUUUUUUCCAGCCUUACCGCACAUCCUCUUUGGUUUACUGGCUUAUUUGAUGGGCUGUGGCCAGCAUUUUGCACUUGUUGGUAAGGAUACAUCUGGAGGAGAUCGUUUAAGACGUGCUUACGGUUUCUAGAAGCAUAUGUGAAUGUUUCCCCUCAAUGAGGGGAGACUGGUGUCACUGUAAUGACACUGAUUUAUGGUGACUUUUUUUCAUCUAUACAUCUACAAUUCUUUUUGUAUUAAUAGUCUCUUUUUUCCCUACUCAAAAUGCAUUUAUUUCUAUGUUUUUCUGUUCUUGUCACUGUUUUCAGUGUCUAAACAAUUUGGUUACUUAAUGUUUUUGAAGCUUUCAGACCUUGUAACCUUAAAUUAAUGGUUUUAGGGAAUGUCAUUGACUUUCUUUCCGUUUUGUUGAUGCACAUUGUGCUCAAUUUCAGUCUUUGAGCUGAUUUUGGGGCAGGUACAUAAGGUGCAGUCUAAAAUGCAGCAUGCAAUGACUACCUAAAACAUACAGAACAUAUGAUGCAUAUUGUUUUUAUGCAAUAUUUUGUCACUUUGAAGACUUGCUUUUAUUUUUUAUUUUUUUUCUCCAUUAUGUGGACCAGCAUGUUACAACUGUAGCUUCCAGGGAUUUCUAAUCCCAAAGCUUAGGUCAUUAUUUUUUUAGAUCAUGUGUUUGCCUUAAAUUAACAGACAAACAUGACAAACUCUUCACAGAGUUUGAGGGACCUGGUCUUGAGCAAAAGGCUGUAUAAGUGCUGUGAUUUCUGAAGACAGUAUUAACAUCUACCUACAACGACGCCUCAAUGCAUCAUGGAUUAAUUCAUUUUAAUGUAAUGGUCUAAUUCAACAUUACAAAAAUGAAUAAAAAAAAAAAAGUG